GAGUCGGGACUCUUGUUGAGGAAUGGCCUCUGAACGGGACGGAUCCAACUCAACCAGAAACAUGACCAACCAGUUCGUGCAGCCGCCAUGGCGCGUCGCGCUCUGGUCCGUCGCUUACAGCGUGGUGCUGGCGGUGGCGGUGUUCGGGAACCUGAUCGUGAUCUGGAUCAUCCUGGCGCACAAACGCAUGAGGACGGUGACCAACUACUUUCUGCUCAACUUGGCGUUUUCGGACGUCUCCAUGGCCGCGUUCAACACUUUGAUAAACUUCAUCUACGCGGCGCACGGGGAGUGGUACUUUGGAGAGGCGUACUGCAAAUUCCACAACUUCUUCCCCGUCACCGCUGUGUUCGCCAGCAUCUACUCCAUGACCGCCAUAGCCAUCGACAGGUACAUGGCUAUAAUCCACCCUCUGAAACACCGUCUGUCGGCAAAGGCCACCACAAGAGUCAUCGUCUGUAUCUGGAGUCUGGCCGUGGUCCUCGCCUUUCCUCUCUGCUACUUCUCCACCACCCGAACUGUACCUCACAGGACGCUCUGCUACGUGGCCUGGCCCCGCAUGGCUGAGGACCCCUUCAUGUAUCACAUCAUAGUGACAGUUCUGGUCUACGUGCUGCCCUUAGUGGUGAUGAGCAUCACUUACACCAUCGUGGGGGUGACUCUGUGGGGAGGGGAGAUCCCCGGAGACUCGUCCGAUAACUAUCACAGUCAGCUCAGAGCCAAACGGAAGGUGGUGAAGAUGAUGAUCAUUGUGGUGGUGACCUUUGCCCUCUGCUGGUUGCCCUAUCAUGUCUACUUCAUCGUGACGGGUCUCAACAAGCGUCUGAGCAAGUGGAAGAACAUCCAGCAGGUUUACCUGUCGGUGCUGUGGCUGGCGAUGAGCUCCACCAUGUACAACCCCAUCAUCUACUGCUGCCUCAACAGCAGGUUUCGGGCCGGUUUCAAGCAUGUGUUCCGCUGGUGUCCCUUUGUCCACGUCUCGAGAUAUGAUGAGCUGGAGCUCCAAAAUACGAGACUGCAACCUGGUUACCAGAGCAGCAUGUGCACCCUCUCACGGGUCGACACCAGCAUCCUCAGCAAAGACAAGAGUGUUUAUUCUCAUGGAAACAGGUCAAGAAAACUGAACUGAAUAAUAAAGACAGUUAGCUGUAAGGUUGCUGUCUCCACUGUUUUUGGCACAUAGAUAGAUAUUGGGAUGGCUGUAGUACAACAUGGGGUGAAGAUGUUUUUAAGCACAUUUGAUUUAAAAAAAUAUCAUAAAAAAAACAUAAUGUAGCUUUAGAGAACUUAAACUCAACCCCAUACAUGAAUGUGUUUUUUUCAGAAGUUUUAAAUUGUAAAAUGCUGCUAUUCAUAAAUUUGCAAUCUAAUUUUGUUUCUAAUAUGUAUCCUAACGUGUGUAGUGUGUGUGACAAUUUAGCAAAAUCCAAAAAAGAUGAGUUCAACUAGUCGGUGAGUAAUUUAUAUGUGGAUUCAUAACACUAGUAAUAGAAAGUGUUUCAUGAAGACAUUUGUUGCUAAUGAGAUA